AAAAAAUUGAAAUAAAAAAUGAAAAAAAAAAUAUAAUUAUUCGAUCCCAGCCAUCAGAUCUCACUCAGUUCACGUUUUCCUCUGUCCAACUAUCCAUCGUUCUUCCUCCAACUGGCCUCGCUCCGACUCGCGCACUAGAAUUGGGGAAUUUCGGAAAAGGUUAAACAAUGGGUGCAGAGAAGAACAAUCUUGACAUGGAGGAGGGAACUCUGGAGAUUGGGAUGGAAUAUAGAACCGUCUCUGGAGUUGCUGGACCUCUUGUUAUCCUCGACAAAGUCAAGGGACCUAAGUUCCAGGAAAUUGUUAACAUUCGCCUGGGAGAUGGAUCAACAAGACGUGGACAGGUCUUGGAGGUUGAUGGAGAAAAGGCUGUCGUUCAGGUUUUUGAAGGAACUUCUGGAAUUGACAACAAAUAUACGACAGUUCAGUUCACUGGGGAGGUGUUAAAGACGCCUGUCUCAUUGGACAUGCUUGGUCGUAUUUUUAACGGUUCUGGGAAACCAAUUGACAAUGGCCCUCCGAUCCUUCCUGAGGCUUACUUGGAUAUUUCUGGCAAUUCCAUCAACCCUAGUGAGAGAACCUAUCCAGAGGAAAUGAUACAGACUGGAAUUUCAACUAUUGAUGUCAUGAACUCAAUUGCUCGAGGACAGAAAAUUCCUCUUUUUUCUGCUGCUGGUCUUCCCCACAAUGAAAUUGCUGCUCAGAUAUGUCGUCAGGCUGGUUUGGUCAAAAGAUUGGAGAAAUCUGAUAAUCUUCUAGAGGGUGGUGGUGAAGAGGACAACUUUGCCAUUGUCUUUGCUGCUAUGGGUGUCAACAUGGAGACGGCUCAGUUCUUCAAACGUGACUUUGAGGAAAAUGGCUCCAUGGAGAGAGUGACCCUUUUCCUGAACUUGGCCAAUGACCCAACAAUAGAACGUAUCAUCACACCCCGUAUUGCUCUGACGACUGCAGAAUACUUAGCAUAUGAAUGCGGAAAGCAUGUUCUUGUCAUAUUAACUGAUAUGAGUUCUUAUGCCGAUGCUCUUCGUGAGGUGUCUGCUGCUCGAGAGGAAGUCCCUGGAAGACGUGGAUACCCUGGGUAUAUGUACACUGACCUGGCAACAAUCUAUGAGCGAGCUGGACGUAUUGAAGGACGGAAGGGGUCCAUCACACAAAUUCCUAUUCUAACCAUGCCCAACGACGAUAUUACGCAUCCAACUCCAGAUCUUACUGGCUAUAUCACUGAAGGGCAGAUAUACAUUGACAGGCAACUCCAUAAUAGACAGAUAUAUCCUCCAAUCAAUGUGUUGCCGUCGUUGUCUCGUCUCAUGAAAAGCGCCAUUGGCGAGGGCAUGACCCGUAGGGAUCACUCUGAUGUCUCCAACCAGCUAUAUGCAAACUAUGCCAUUGGUAAGGAUGUUCAAGCAAUGAAAGCUGUGGUCGGAGAAGAAGCACUUUCCUCAGAAGAUCUGCUAUACCUCGAGUUCCUCGACAAAUUCGAGAGGAAAUUUGUGGCACAAGGGGCGUACGACACCCGCAACAUUUUCCAGUCCCUUGAUUUGGCAUGGACGCUGCUGCGGAUCUUCCCUCGGGAGCUUCUCCACCGUAUUCCGGCAAAGACUCUGGAUCAGUACUACAGCAGGGAUUCUACAAACUAAUGAGAGAGCAGAGCAGAGCUGCGUGAACUCAUAAGAGUUUGAAGUUUUAUGUUUUGGCAUUAUGGUUGUGUGAUAUAUCUCUCUUUGUUUCAUGAGUUUGUUUUUGUUUUUGGUAUUUGUUAUUAUCAGCUGCUCCUCCAUAUCACCUUUUUUAAAAUAAAGAGUCGAGAGAGAGAUCUUGACGAGCCCACGUCGAGUCCACCAAUGAGACAACAGAUAUUUAAACAUUUUGGUUUCGGUUAGAUGAUCCAUCCAUCCAUCCUGUAAUUCAUUUUAAAUUAUUAUUAUUUGCUAUUCUUCUAUUUUGUCAAGGGGGUUUUGGAGCUGUUAGGGCUGUGCCAGUGCUGCUCUGUGCAUGUAUAAUCAACAUCAUGGUGUUUUGACAGAGCCAGUAAUAAUUAUGAUAACUGUUAGACAUUAUUGUUAUUA